AUGUUAGUGAUUUGUUGCAGCGAUUUGAUUGAUCUCAUGGACGAUCGAGAUGUCGAAUAUUGGCCUGAUCUUGGUGCUGAUCUUGGGACAUCGUCCAUGUAUGAAGAUGCAUUAGAUGAAAGAAUCGACAGCGAUUCCGAGCUUCGGAAGCUUUGUGUCGAAACAAAGAAAGUUCUUUCUUCGCGAGCACGAGAUAGAGAAAGAACAAAGCCACUACAACCUCAACUACAACUGCCCGCCUCACCUCCCAUACCGACAUACAGCAAGCAGGCAUCAUCUAGCAGUGAACAUUCAAGCAUCGAAAAGAUUCAACCUUCAACGAUUCGACGAAACUACCAUGGUAGCCGAGCAAGAAAGUCGAAAAGUGCGACAAGUAGUAGAGAGGAUAGUGGAGAGGCGAGACACCCCAUGCAGUACAUGUAUCCAUCCGUUGAAUGGCAGCUGUACCCGGUGCUUCUCCAACUCAGCCAAACACUUCAAGCAAUGUCGUCACAAUUGCAUGAAAUGGACACAGCAAAUCGGCUACAAUUGCGAAUAGUCUAUCAAAUUCUUCGCAUGAUACUUGACUUUAAAAGGGAGUCAUCACAAGGAUGGUUGCCUCGAUGGGUUUGGCCGAGUCUUCGAUGGAUGACUUUUAUCUUUUUGUGGCCUCUUCUUGCGCGUUUACUUUGGAUUUGGUAUUCAAAAAGACGUUUUCUAAUAGCGAAGACUUUAACGAAAUAUCUA